AAAAAUAUAAUAGAUUUAAAGGGGUAAAAUUAAAAUUUUAAAAAAAGUAAAAAACAUGACAAAAUCUUCACACUUUUAUAAUAGUAAUAGAUUAUAUUAAUAGAAAUCGAUAUUAUAAUUUCUUUAAAAAAUUUAUUAGUAUAUAUGUUCUUCCCCGCUAUAUUAAUAAAAUUCUAAGCCAGAUGCUGCAAAGAACUUGCAAGCAAUGAAGAUGACAACUUUGUGUUUUUUUUCUUCCACAAAAACUCGUUUGGUUUCCCACUUCCUUGUUAUCCAUCCAAUCCGAUCACGCUCAGUUGGUUUCCAAUUCAUUUUUAUUAUUAUUAUUUUAAAUUUGAAACUCUUGUUCCAUUUUCUCUUUCUUUUCCAAUAUUUCUUUUCCAUUCAUUUUCUAUGUGGGGAAGCAAGAAAUAGCCACCUAUGCAUAGAUGUGUUUUGUACCGUUUUGCUUUUUUCUGUUUUCGCCCCCUUCUACGGUGUUUUAAUUUUUAAUUUUUUUUGUCGCUUAAGAAAAAAAUAUAAAGUUUUUUUUUUUUUUGGAUGGAUCAAAAAUAAAUAAAUAAAAACAAAAAUAUAAAAUAUAAAGUUGAUCUAGUGAAUGAAGCGUUCUUUUAAUGGCUGAGUUUAAAUCUCACCAUUGCAAAUGCAACUUCCUUUCUCUUAUUUCCGUCUUACUGAUUGUAAUAUAUAUAUAUAUAUAUAUAUAAUACCCAAAAUUUAAUGAUGAUAAAAUAGAAAAAUCCAAGCAAUAUACAUCCAAUCUAUCAUUGUCAUUGUUAUUUACUACUUUUAUUUCAACUACAAUUAUCAUUAAGAACUUUGCAAGACCAUAUUGCUUCGUUGUUUUUUAUUUUAUUUUAUUUUAUUUACGUUGUAUUUGGAUCUUGAUUUAUGAAUGAGUUUUAUGAAGGGAGAAAAAAUAAUGAAAAGAAAAGCUCAAAAAAAUUGAGAAUAAAUUUAAGAUCCAAAUACAAUAUUAGUGGUUUAGAAUUAAAAAUAUAAAGAAAUACAACAUGCAACUGCACAAAGGGAUACUUAUUAAAGUCCAUGCGUGCUCAACCAAUAAAAUUAUAAAAAAGUUAAAAGAAAAAUGCUUAUAAAUACCGCUCGAACAUUAUUUAAAAUCAAGAUUAGAUUAAUAAAAAAAAAAAGAGGAAUUUUUUAUUUGAAUCCAUGAAGAGUUUUUUUAUUUUAUUUUAGAAGAAAUGAAAAGUAUUUUUAAAAAGUGCAAUAUCUCAAGUUCUUUAACUUCCAUUUUAAUUCCCCCUCCCCCUCCCCCCUUUCUUCCUUAUGAGCCAAAUUAUAACGGUGGAUCACUUUUAAGAGGGUGACCUUUAACAACCCAUUUUGGCAAUAUUUCCCCAUAAUUUCUCCAGAGAGUCUGACUUUUAAGAGGCUUUAACAUUUCGUUUUCUUUUUUGGUGGAAGAGGCUUUAACAUCUCACCGACAUUAUAUUCAUUCACCACAUUUCUACAUCAUAUCAAAGUUAAAUCUGGAUUACAUUAUUUUUUUUAGGUAAAUUUCUAUAUAUGAAUUCAAUAAUAAAAAGUUACAAAACAAAACAAAACAAAAAAAAUUGAAAAUUGAAAAUAACCUUUUGAUCUUUCUUAAAGUGCAUUGAUAUCAAAUAAAUUUCUGUAAAACAAUUUGAUUAAUAAGUUCUCUCUAUUUUUUAAUCAUGAAAUCAAAAAGGAAAACGAUAUCACCUGCACCAUUGUAUUUUUUAUUUAUUUAUUAAUGUUCUUAAAUCUUCUAGAGCAUAGGUCCCACUACAAGAAGGAUAAGGGUUAUUAGCAUUCAUACUUCAAACUACUUGAGUUAAGGAAGUUGCUAAAUAAGCAAUUUAUUUGCUUAUUUGCUACAAAUUGUCACAUCAUCUCUAUAUUUUUCUACAUAUCUUUUCGUAAAAAAAUAAAAAAUAAAAAGUCACUAAAUAAACAAACUGCAAACGACCUAUAAGACAGCAGUGACUUCUCAACCCACGAAGGCGAUUAUAUAUUGAUUAUAACAGUAAUAUCACAUAACUUUAUCACCAUCAUGAGUAACCUCAUUUUGGUAUACGGACCAUAAUAAGAUUGGGUUAGUGAGAGACAAAAGUCGUCCACACAACCUAUUUGUGAUUUUCAUUAGAUGGUGGACACCACACAAAAUAAUGUCCCUAUUACGCUUAAUAUGUUUUUCACGAAAGCUUGUAGAAGUUGAAACGAAGCUUAGGAUACAUCAUUUUUUUAUUUUUUUUGAAAAAUAGGAGCUGUCCCAUUAGGUGAAGAAGAAGAAGAUGAUGACUACGACAGAUGAUGCUGAUGCUGCAGAAGAAGGGUUAUUUCUUAGAAAGUGUCAUGCAUUGAUCCAGGUCUUACCAGGCAGAUUAAUCAAAUUUAAUCUGAGCAUUAUAAAGUCCCAUUUUCCUAACUCACAACUUAUCCUGCAAAACCAUUCAGACCAUCAUUUCCUCAUCAUCCCUAUAAAGUUUGUAUUACAAACCCCCAGGCUUCUGCAAGUGCAAGAAACACAGAACAGAAAAAAUGGCAGAGAGUGCGGUCUUGCAUCUACUAGCCACCUUCGCACCCUUCCUCCAGGAAGAGGUGAAUUUGUUGACAGGAGGAGUUCGGGAAGAGAUCGAAUACAUCAGAGAUGAAUUCGCUCGUAUGACAGCUUUCCUCAGAGUUGCUGAUUCUAUGGAAGAGAAUGACGCGGAACUCAAAGUAUGGGUCAAGCAAGUGAGAGAAGCUGCAUAUGACACUAGAGAUGUUCUAGACAUUUUCAUGCUUUGCUUCAGACAUCAUGGCAAUGGAUUUGGCAGGUUUCUUCGUAAGUUUUCUUGUUUUAUCAUGACAUUAAAAGCUCGUCGUCGAAUUGCUUUUCAAGUACAAAGAAUCAAGUCCAAAGUCAUCAAUAUUUCGAAUGGACAUCAAAGAUACAAGGAUAAAUAUGGUAUACUGGAGCAAAGCUCAAGGUCCACAUGGUAUGAUUGUCGUGGUGAUGCCCUUCUACUCGAAGAAGCCGAGCUUGUGGGCAUCGACAAGCCCAAAUCACUACUGAUUCAGUGGUUGAUGCAAGGAGAUCCUAGACUCAAGAUGCUUUCUGUAGUAGGAACGGGCGGAUUGGGAAAAACCACACUCAUCAAAAAGGUCUUUGAUGACGCAAUAGUGAAGCAUAAUUUCCAGAACCACGCUUGGAUCACUGUUUCUGAAUCGUUCAAGAUCGAGGACCUCCUAAAAGGCAUGAUCCAACAACUCUUUGAAGAGGUCAAGCAACCAGUCCCACAAGGUGUGGAAAACAUGGAUACAAACAGCUUGAAAGGAAUAAUUAAUGCUUUCCUACAACAAAAUAGGAAGACAUUUCAAGGGAAUCCUUGCCCUUCACAUUUGGAAGGACUUUCUAGAGGCAUCUUGAAAAGAUGUGAGGGAUUGCCUCUUGCAAUUGUGGCAAUCAGUGGUCUUUUAUCAAUAAAGGACAAGACCAGUGUUGAUGAAUGGGAGAGGAUCUACCGCAGCCUUGGUGUGGAACUAGGAGGAAAUGGUAAACUCCAAAGCAUGAAUAAAGUAUUGUUACUCAGUUAUGUUGAUUUGCCAUACUAUCUGAAGUUAUGUUUUUUGUACUUGAGCAUUUUCCCAGAGGAUUGUUUUAUUGACCGUGGGAGAUUGAUUCGGUUAUGGGCGGCAGAAGGAUUUAUAGAAAUGAAAGAAGAAAUGACAGCAGAAGAAAUUGCUGAAUGCUACCUCAAUGAGCUGAUCAGUAGAAGUUUAAUUCAAGUGGCAGAGAUAAGGACAAAUGGAAGGGUCAAAUCAUAUCGCAUCCAUGACCUUUGGCGUGAAAUUAUUGUUUCAAAGUCAAAAGAGCAGAACAUGGUAACCAUAGCCAGUGAACGAGGUAGAACGUGGCCUGAAAAGGUGCGACGUUUAUCAAUCCAUAAACAUUUGCAAGAUAUACAACAAAGCAAGUGUUUCACUCAACUUCGUUCUUUGCUCAUAUUUGACGCAACAUAUUCAUUAUCCAAGUUGUCUAUGCUUGCAUCGUCAAAUGGUGGUCUAAGGCUCUUAACAGUGUUAGACUUGAAAGGUACCCCAUUGGAGACAUUCCCGAAUGAAGUUGUGAAACUCCUUCAUCUCAGGUAUCUAAGUUUGAGGAAAACCAAUGUGAAAAUCAUUCCGAAGUCAAUUGGAAAGCUUCAAAACCUGGAAACAUUGGACCUCAAUGACACAUAUGUCACUGAGUUGCCUGAUGAGAUCCUGAACCUUCAACGACUUCGCCAUCUCUUGUUGUAUCGCAUCGAAAAAGAAGAUACCUAUUUUUCUUUUCAUUAUAGUUUCGGAUUCAAAGGCCCAGUAAAAAUAGGAAGUUUGUUAUCCUUGCAGAAACUCAGUUCUAUUGAAGUAAACCAUGGCAAUAGUGGUGGUACUAUACUGGAAGAGGUUGGGAAGCUAACUCAACUACGAAGAUUACACAUUCUAAAGUUGAGAAGUGAAGAUGGGAGGGCACUAUGCUCCUCCCUUGAGAAGUUGAACAACCUUCGUUCGCUAGGCGUUAAAGCAACAGAAGAAGAUGAGAUCAUUGAUCUAGAUUCUCUGUCUUUGCCGCCUCGACUUCUUCGAACGCUCUACCUUGAAGGAUGUUUACAGAGGCUACCACAUUGGAUACCUUCUCUUCACAACCUGGUGAGAGUAUGUUUAAGGUGGAGUAAGUUAAGGGAUAUUGAUCCACCACAAUCCUUUCAAGGUUUGCCUAAUCUAGUUGAGCUUGAACUUGAUCAGGCAUAUGAAGGGGAGGGAUUGUGUUUCCAAUCUGGUGGGUUUCAAAGGCUUAAGAGAUUAUCAAUUUAUAGAUUAAAAGGAUUGAGAUGGGUGAGUGUAGAGGCAGGGUCGAUGCCUCAUCUUGAAGAACUAUAUAUUGGAAACUGCAAAUUGGUGGACGAGUUACCCUUUGGCAUUGAACAUCUAACCAGCCUUCAAUACCUUAACUUGGUAGAUAUGUCUGAUGGAUUGAUUUCAAAUCUAUAUAGGGACUUACAAGUUGAGGAGGAUUAUUGGAAAAUUGCACACAUCCCGAAUGUCUGGAUUGGGGAAUCAACACAUGGCUUUUGGAGAGGACAUUAUCUAUUCUAAGAGAGGGAGAGGCAGAGCGAUCAUUACCACAAUUAGAGUGUUUAUGUAUCCAUUUAUUUUUAUUUUCAUGUAUUCUUGAUUAAUGUUUCGUUGUAUUCAAAUUAUGAAUCAUAUUUUUCUUUUCCUUUUUCU